AUGGGUUCGCGCUUCCUGGUAGCAGACACAUCCUCGUACAUCGAUACCUUGACCAUUAUCCUCGCGACAGUGACCGGCAUCACUUGUCUCGGUGGUAUUGUUCCUCCACUUCAAGACUUCACUAUUGCUACGGCCGCUGGAUCAAGACUGUAUAGCACCAUUGACAGAAGACCUCCGGGGAUCGCGAUUCGUCCUUCUGAAGGGAAGCUCGACAGUGUGCUUAGUCAUAUUGAGUUACAAAAUGUCAGACAUAUAUAUCCUUCAAGACCAUAUAUCGUUGUUUUAGACAACUUGAGUUUGGAUAUUGAACCCGGAAAAACGACAGCCAUCGUUGGACCAUCUGGAUUCGGAAAGAGCACCAUAAUCGAACUUCUCGAGCGUUUCUAUGAUCCCGUUGCCGGCGAUAUUCUCUUGAAUGGUCACAAACUCUCAGAACUGAGUCCAAAUUGGCUAAGGCACCUUGUUGGUGAGGCUGGCGUGUUACUUUCCGGCGGCCAGAAACAGCGCAUUGCCAUCUCUCGCGCCCUCAUCUCCGAUCCUCGAACUCUUCUUCUUGACGAUGCCACCUCAGCCUUGGACUCGACGAGUGAAUCUGUUGUUCAAGCUGCAAUCGAGAAAACAUCUCAAGGGAGAACGACCGUUGUUGUGGCUCAUCGUUUGUCAACCGUCAAAUCUGCGGGCAAAAUUAUCGUCUUGUCUGGUGGUCAACUAGUUGAACAACGUACUCAUAAAUUUCUCCAAGAAAAGAAUGGAGUGUAUAGUCGACUAGCCAAAUCACAGGCUGUCAACUUGAGUGGAAAGGAAUCUCUCGACAACGACAGUUAUUUGGAAGUUUCCAUCCAAAAUGCUACAUUUGUCUCCGAAGAGACAGAGAAAGAGGCUCCGCCGACCACCGGAAGCCCUUUGUUUGAUAUAGCGCAUAGGGACGCAUAUGCUCCCGGGAGCCUGGAUCGGCCACGCCACCAGUAUUCGAUGCGGACCCUUCUGAGGUUUCUGAAUGGUUUCCACAAGGACUCUAUGGCAUUGGUAUCAAUGGGGUUUCUAGCUUCAAUCCAAAAAGGAGCUGGGGCACCCGCUCAGGCGCUCAAGCCUCUGCUUUGGGAAAAUGUACAGGAGGGCUUAUCCGUCGUCUCGGUGGCCUGUCGGGCCCUGCUCGACAAAGACAUGUCUUUUUUUGACACGGAGGAGCACAGUGUCGGCGCACUGGUAUCAUUUCUCGGCACUGAGCCAGCCAGUAUGGCGGGAAUGGGUUGCUACGCCAUUGGAAAUUGCAUCAUGGCACUCACAACUCUCAUCGGUGCCAUCGCAACCAGCAUAGCUGUCGGAUGGAAACUUGGACUUGUCGGUGCCGCUACAGUCCCCGUUCUUCUGAUCUGCGGAUUCCUUCGAUUCAGCGUCAUGGCUCAGCUUGAGGCCCAUCUUCGUCAAGUGUAUCAAGAAACAGCAUCACUAGCCAGUGAAGCAGUCUCGGCCAUCCGCACUGUCAUAUCUCUAAAUCGGGAGUCCAAUGUUUCAGCAAUAUUUCACAACAAGCUAGCCGAACAAGAUUCGAAGAUUCGCUCAAGCCUGACAUCUUCGGCACCCUUACUGUGUUCUGCCCUUGGCUUGUGGUAUGGUGGCACUCUCGUUAUCAGUGGGGAGUAUGGAUUAUUCCAGUUCAUCUUGAGUUUCGCUGCUGUUAACGUUUGCGGUGAUGCUGCUGGCUUGAUAUUUAGCAGCUCGCCAGAUUUAGCCAAGGCAAAACUUUCGGCCAUUCGACUUGAUGGGCUGUUGGAUCGACAACCACAACCCCAAUUCGAUUUUGGCGAAUCUCAACCUCUUUUGCAAGGUAAUAUUGGAUUUCGGAAUGUCCACUUUUCGUAUCCUAUACGCCUUGAUAGGCAAAUACUGAAUGGCCUCGAUCUCACUGUACACAGGGAACGUUUCUACCAUCCACUCGCCGGCCUUAUUACAAUGGACGGCCGGGAUCUCUCCUCAAUGAAUAUGAGGGCAUACCGCGAUCAAGUCGCACUUGUCAAUCGAGACCCUACACUAUUCCACGGCACCAUCCGAGAUAAUCUCCUCCUCAAACUCGAUGCAUCAAAUCUCGGAUUUGAUACGAUGUGCGGAGGAAAGAGAAACAACUUUUCCGGUGGUCAAAAACAGCGAAUAGCAAUUGCGCGUGCCCUUAUGAGAUGGCCAAGCGUCCUGUUACUAGAUGAAGUCACUUCGGCGCUGGAUUCGGAAUCCCAAAGCGUAGUCCAGACUACACUCGACCAAGCUGCAAAGCAGCGCACUACAGUUGCCAUCGCCCAUCGCUUGAGUUCUGUGCGGAAUGCGGACCUCAUCUGCUACCUAGAGGAUGGUGUGGUCGUUGAAUCUGGAACACAUGCCGAGCUCAUACGAAGGCAUGGGCGUUUUUUUGCAAUGUUGAGCCUACAGAACCUUGAGAAAUAG